AUGUCUGCAACUAUGGAACAAUGCUGUAACAAUGUAGCAUUUCCAGCAGCCGCAAAAGCUAAAGAGCCCGACUCAAACCGCACGCCGACUCCAGUCUGGUUGAAUAGGGACAAAGUGUCAGAGUACGUUGCCGACAAUGUCAGGGAAGAUCCGGUUCCUUUUCCCGUCGCUAUUGUGGGGAUGGGGAUGAGGCUCCCUGGCGGAGUAAGUAGCGGGAGAGAGUUAUGGGAUUUCCUUGUCAACAAGCGUGAUGGACUAUGUAGAGUACCUGAGACGCGGUACAACGUUGACGCAUUUUAUGACGAGUCCCGGGAAGGCGCCGUCCGAACAAAACAUGGCUACUUCUUAGAGGACGAUAUUGCCCAACUAGAUGUCGGAUUCUUCGGUAUAAAUAAGCUCGAAGCAGAGAAGCUUGAUCCCCAACAGCGACUCCUAUUGGAGGUAGUCUGGGAAUGCAUGGAAAAUGCUGGGCAGACAAACUGGCAGGGUACAAAUAUUGGCUGCUUCGUUGGCGUCUUCGGGGAGGACUGGUUAGAUCUUCUGAGCAAGGACACGCAGCAGAAUGACAGAUAUCGGGUCAUUGGUGCUGGCGACUUUGCCCUGUCAAACCGGGUCUCAUAUGAAUACGAUCUAAGAGGACCGAGUGUCACCGUCCGAACCGGUUGCUCGUCAUCCAUGGUUGGUUUGCACGAGGCGUGUCAGGCGAUAUACACAGGGGAGUGCUCUUCAGCAAUUGUGGCGGGGACAAACCUGAUCAUGAGCCCGACCAUGACGGCCACGAUGUCGGAGAAUUUGGUUAUCUCCUCCAGCGGACUUUGUAGGACAUUUGACGCUGCAGCCGAUGGUUAUGGGAGAGGCGAAGCGAUCAAUGCAUUGUUUGUUAAGCCGUUGGACGAUGCACUAAGAGACAGGGAUCCAAUACGGGCAAUUAUCCGGUCAACAACUGUCAACUGCGAUGGCAAAACUCCAAGUAUUACUACACCUGGCUCCGAAGCGCAAGAGCGGUUGAUUAGACGAGCGUAUAAAAAAGCUCGAAUCGAAGGUGACGAGGUGCUGAAAACGGCCUUCUUUGAAUGUCAUGGAACCGGUACGAUAGCUGGAGAUACGGCAGAAACGACGGGUGUGGCAAACGUCUUCGGUGAGAAGGGAAUAUAUAUUGGCGCAGUUAAGGCCAAUGUCGGUCAUUCGGAAGGCGCAUCUGGAAUCACGAGUAUUAUCAAGUGUGUUUUGGCUCUGGAGAACAACACCAUUCCUCCCAACGUGCACUUCCAAACUCCAAGCCCGAAGAUCCCGUUUGAGAGCGCAAAGCUACAGGUCCCCGUAGAGCCCACACCGUGGCCGGUUGAUAGGGAAAAAAGAAUUAGUGUCAACUCUUUUGGUAUUGGGGGAACUAAUGCUCAUGUUAUAUUAGAAUCCGCAUCUUCCGUACUGAGGAACACGAGUAAAGAACCACGGCCACCAACAUCUGAGCCGGAUUACCAUCUUUUGGUUCUCUCGGCAAAGGAUAAGCACUCGUUAGAUGGGCAAAUACAAAGAAUCACUACCUAUAUCAAAGAUACCGCACCAUCAUUGUAUGAUUUAGCUUUCACCCUUGCGCGAAGACGAGAUCAUCUGCCUUAUAGAGCGUUUGCGGUCACUGAUAAAGAUGGAUCUCCCCCAACAUUUGAGAAAGCACAAGCGGCGGCACCAUGUACGGUAUUUGUUUUCAACGGCCAAGGAUCCCAAUGGCCGACCAUGGGAAAGGAGCUUAUGCUUAAAUUCCCCAAAUUUCGCGAUGACAUACACCAGAUGGAUAGGAUCUUGACAGAUCUCAAAGAAGGGCCUACAUGGAGCAUUGAAGAGGAGCUUUCUAAACCUGAGGGGAGCAGUCGUGUCGGAAGUGUUGAAUUUGCUCAACCCCUCUGCACAGCGAUCCAGGUUGCUCUCGUCAACCUGUUACGAGACUGGGGUGUCAUCCCAUCGGCGGUGGUAGGCCAUUCGAGUGGCGAGAUAGCGGCAGCAUAUGCCUCUGGGGCUAUCUCCGCUCGCCUAGCAAUUCUCCUGUCCUAUUUCCGCGGUCAAGCAAUCAAGCCAUUGUCUGCCAGUCGUAGCGGUGCAAUGGCUGCUGUUGGUCUUAGCCCGGAGACUGCCCGGGCAUACUUGCAAGAAGGCGUGACUAUCGCCUGUGAAAAUAGUCCAUCCAGCGUCACACUCUCCGGGGAUAAGGAUAUCUUAAACAACAUUCUCAAUCAGAUUCAUCAUGACGACAAGGAUGUUUUCUACAGGCGUCUUGCAGUAGAUGUUGCCUAUCACUCUCACCAUAUGCUGGAGUCGAAAGAGACAUACGAGACACUCAUAGCGCCACAUAUGCGUCAUAACGAUACCAUGGUGCCCCUCUAUUCGAGUGUAGUGUCGGCACCGAUCGUCGAGCCCCGGCAAUUAGAUACCGCGUACUGGUCCGAAAACUUGAUAUCUCCCGUUAUGUUUAGGACAGCAGUACAGGAGAUCCUCUCUGACAACGGACCGGCCAAACUGUUUUUGGAGAUUGGCCCCCAUUCUUCCUUAGGCGGUCCUUUAAGGCAAAUAAUAAAAACAAACUCCAGCCUGGAUAAAACAACAUUUUAUGUUCCUACGUUGCGCAGAGAAACUGGGCAGUGUGAGUGCCUGCUGGCCACGGCUGGUCAGUUGUACGCUCACGGUACUCCCCUUAGUCUUUCCACCAUCAUCCCUAGUGGUGUGACCCUCAGUGACUUGCCAAAUUAUUCAUGGAAGCAUGGAGAGAGGUAUUGGAAUGAGUCACGUCUGGCAAAUCAUUGGAGGUUACGUCAAGAGCCUCACCAUGAGCUGCUGGGAUCUAGGGUGCUUGAAUCUACCAGUGUUGAGCCGACAUGGCGAAAUAUUCUGCAGCUAGAUCAGGUUCCGUGGCUUACUGACCAUAGGAUAAGUAGAGACAUAGUCUUCCCCUGUGCGGGCUACGUUGCGAUAGUGGGAGAAGCGAUUCGGCAAAUAACAGGCUCUACAGAUUAUUCAGUGAGGAACAUGUUCAUGCGAACUGCCCUAACUCUAGAGUCUUCCAGUGCAACGGAGCUUAUUACGACCCUCAGGCCAACAAAGCUUGCCGAUAACAUUGACUCGGUAUGGUAUGACUUUACAAUCUCUGCUUACCAGAAGAACACGUGGAAAAAGCACUGCGUUGGUCAAGUGAGGCCCGGGUCUGAUAGGAAUAUUGAACCGAAGGCAGCCAAUCCAUAUCCCAGGUUGGUUAGACCCGAAAAAUGGUACAGUGCCCUAGAAAAGCGUGGGUUAGAGUACGGUCCCCAGUUUAGAGGGCUAGAGCAAAUUUCAGCUAGUCCCUCAAGCCAUCAAGCCGCUGCGACCUUGCGCGACGAUGAGACUUUAUAUGCAAGCCACUACUCACUGCAUCCGAUUAUCAUAGACGAAAGCCUGCAAUUGCUCAGUGUCGCGGCGACUCAUGGUAUUCCUCGCCGGAUGACCCGUUUGGCGAUCCCGAUGGCCAUUGGGGAGCUCUAUAUUAGCACUGGAAGAGGGAAAAUGUCACUUGAUGUCUCCUGUGGCACCUCGGGAGGUACCAUGUCUGGAAAUGCGAUGCUUGUCUCGGACGGCCGCGUGGUACUUUCCCUCCACAACGGUCUGUUUUUCAGCAUUCACGACCCUGACAUAAGUAAGCCAAAACUUCCCAUAGUCGCGACAAUCCAUUGGAGUCCUCACGUCGACUUUGUUCCUAUUGGGGAGCAAAUCCCUCCAAUGCCACCAACCAACUUAGACGGCCACCGUAGGAUCGUUCGGCUAGUGAGUCUCUUUGUUGUGGAAACUUACCAUCAAACGAGACUGUUAGAACCCACUCCGGAGCACUUGAAAAAGUGGCAUUCUUGGGUAGUAUCUCGCUAUGAAUACUUGCGUGAUAAUGUGCCCAUGCUUAUGCCAGAGCAGAGAGAUCUCUGUACCUUGAGUCCAACAGAGCGUGAUGCAGCCUUUGCGAAGUUAGAAUGCCUACCGGCAGAUGAUAUGGCUUUCCCGUUUUACCGCAUCUGCAAGAGGAUCCUUGGUUCCAUCCAUAAACUCCUUGAGGGCCAGCUUGAACCCAUUGAUCUUCUUAUCGAGGACGGUGCACUGAGGACCUUCUACGAGCGGUCAGCCCUAUUUUCUAGCUGGUAUGAGUUUGCAUUCCUGGUUGGACAUUCGAAUCCCCAACUUCGGGUGCUAGAGGUGGGUGGCGGUACUGGUGGAGACACUCUGAUUGCCCUCAAGGGUCUCACAUUGGAAAACGGCAAUAGACUAUACUCCACUUACACAUUUACCGAUAUAUCACCAGGAUUUCUUCUAGAAGCAAAGGAAAGAUUCAAGACCUAUCCUGCCAUAGAAUACACUACUCUCGAUAUUAGUCGUGACCCACUUGAGCAAGGGUUUGAAUCAGAAAGCUUUGAUCUAAUUAUCGCAUCCAAUGUUGUCCAUGCUACUCCGAGGAUCUCCGACACGCUACGCAAUAUACGUAGGCUGCUGGCCCCAGGUGGCCGUCUGCUAUUGAUUGAACUGUGCUGCGACAUCCCAAUAAUUGACUAUCUCAUGGGCGUGUUACCAGGUUGGUGGCUCGGAGAGGGCGAAGGCCGAAAUGAGCGGCCUUAUAUUCCUGUUGACAAGUGGCACGAUGAGCUUGUGGAUGCCGGAUUCACUGGUGUGGAGACCUUUAGGUAUGAUGGUGAACCGCCCUAUCAACACAAUGCCCACAUUUUGUCAAGAGUCCCAUCCGCCAAGUCUCCCCACCGGGGAGAUGUUUGGCUUCUCUAUCACACCGUGAUUAAAGACUGGGCACGGGAUCUCGCAACGGAGCUUUCAAUGGCGGGGUACUCAGUUAACUGGUGCACGAUCAAGAAAGCGCCUUUGCCUGGAGCGAACAUAAUCUCAUUGAUUGACCUUGAAGGCCCUUUUUUCCAUGAGCUCACGCCGGUGGACUUUGAGAGCUUCCAACUCUAUGCCUCUAGUCUGGCCGAGAGUCAUCUGCUGUGGGUCACGCGGUCUGUUCAAAUAGAGUGCGAUGACCCUAGGUACGCGCUAGUGUUAGGAGUAGCUCGAACUAUUCGACACGAGAUCGCACCUAAUUUUGCCACCUUAGAGAUCGACGAAAUCAAUAGGCUGGCCAUACAGCCCAUCAUUCAAGUGCUAGAAUGGCUUCUUUCCCAGCAGAAGGAGUCCGGUGCCGCACGAGAGUACGAAUUUGCUCUUAAAGAGGGAAAGAUAUAUGUUCCCCGGUUUCACUGGAGCUCAUUUGAGGCACAAGUUGAGGCAUCUGAAAGCGAAGUGCCAAAAAUCCUGGAUAUCGAGGCGUUCUCAAUGCUCGAUUCACUCAGAUGGACUUGUGCAGAGCUAGCGUCGGAUGAACUGGAUACAGAGGAUAUUGAAGUUGAUAUAAAAUAUACUGGUCUCAACUUUAGAGACCUCAUGAUUUUAAUGGGAUUCAUGGGAGAUAUGAGCCAACUCGGCUUGGAAGCAAGUGGGAUUGUCCAUCGAGUUGGUUCUGCUGCCUGCCAGUUUUCAGUCGGUGAUAGGGUCAUGGUCUGCCAGCCCGGGUUGAUGUGCACUCGGAAAGUCGUGCGAGCAAACCGAUGUCUUCCAAUUCCAGAAAACAUUUCCCUCGAAGAUGCUGCAGCAAUAAUCUGUAUUUAUGCUACUGUAGUAUAUUCCCUUAUAUACGUGGGCGACCUGAAGCUGGGUCAAUCGGUUUUGAUACAUUCUGCGUGUGGUGGGGUAGGGCUGGCUGCGAUACAGAUAUGCCGACUAAUCGGAGCCGAGAUUUACGCGACGGUUGGAAGCAAAGAUAAAGCCCAACAUCUCAUACAAAAUUUCAAAAUCCCAGCUGACCACAUAUUUGACUCCCGAAGUUCGUCCUUCCUUGAGGGAGUUCUGAACAAAACCGAUAAUAGGGGUGUCGAUAUAGUCCUCAAUUCUCUCUCGGGAGAGCUAUUGCAUGCAUCUUGGAAAUGCGUUGCGAAGUUUGGAAAAAUGUUGGAGUUGGGGAAGAGAGACUUUCUGGGUCACGGUCAUUUGGAGAUGGACUUGUUUGCCGAUAAUCGAUCCUUCGUCGGGGUAGACCUUCUCCAGAUUCUUGAUGAUAGGCCGGAGAUUCUCCACGAAAUGUUUUCACUACUCAUGGGUUACUUCCAGGACGGUAAGGCCGGGCCUAUUAAUCCGGUGACUGUAUUUGAUGCUGUCAACGUGGAAAAGGCCUUCCGGUUCAUGCAAAGCGGUCAACACAUGGGGAAAAUCGUCGUCAAAAUGCCAGACUCGCCAUCAGCUCUACCCGUUGCUCGCGUACAUGAAAUGGCGGCAUACUUCCCCGCGGACGCAUCCUACCUCCUGGUGGGUGGCCUUGGAGGCCUGGGCCGUGCCGUCGCGACAUGGAUGGUUGAAAAGGGAGCUCGGCAUCUUGUUUUCCUCUCACGCUCUGGUACAAAUUCCUCUGAGAACCUGUCGUUCAUCAAGACCUUAGAAUGUCAAGGCUGCGACAUCGUCGCUGUUGCAGGGAAUGUAGCCGAUAUUGAUGAUGUCCGUCGCGCUGUUUCCGCAGCGAAAACGCCAAUUUCAGGUGUCAUCCACCUGUCAAUGGUCUUAAAGGAUCAAAAUCUACACAAUAUGGCGCAUGAAGAAUGGGUUACAGCCUUGUUCCCCAAGGUCAAAGGAACAUGGAACCUUCACCAUGUUCUGAAAGAUCACUCACUAGGUUUCUUCAUCCUUAUUAGUUCCAUGGUAGGUUUGCUGGGUUGGCCUGGUCAAGCUAACUACGGCGCCGCAAAUGCGUUUUUGGAUGCGUUUGUUAAAUAUCGCCAAUCCUUGAGUUUACCGGCCCAUGCCAUUGACCUCGGCCUUAUGGGGGAUAUUGGUUAUGUGGCAGAGGCUUCAUAUACAUCGGUAUUUGAGGUAGCUCGCUCCAAUUCUUUACGGGUGUUAGAUGAAGGGCAAUUCCUUCGAGCAGUAGAAAUUGCAGUAUUAUCGCAACACUUCCAUUGUCCAAACCAGUUUGCGCUUGGGCUCGGGACUACAACGUCUUUAUCUUCCGCGGCAAUCACUGCGCAAUGGACAAAGGAAGCACGCUUCAGUGUAUGGAACAACAUAAUCUCUACCAUGGAACGGCCAGCAGAGGGCACGAAGGCGGAUGAGCUUAGGGAGCAUAUGGAAGCUAUCAGGAACAAUCCUGCAUUGCUAGAUCAACCGGAGACCGAAGAAAAGCUUGUUGUGGAGCUCGGCAAGUUGAUUGCCUCCUACACAUCGCGACCGGAAGAUAUGACGCAGGAUGAAUUGUCCAACAUCGAGAUCGAUUCUUUGAUGACAUUCGAGAUUCGCACUUGGUUCCGCCGCCACGCCAGUAUCGAGAUUACACUCGUAGAGGUUUCUAACAGCGGGACUGUCGGUGGGCUGAGUAAGAUCGCCGUCCAGAAGCUGCGUGAGAAGCACAUGCACCAGGAACAGCAAGAAGAAGAUAGCUCGGAAGCGCUCGACGAAGAUCCAACAUAUCUUGAUGACUUAAAUCUUGGCAAGGCAAUGCGGCCGAUUUCUAGCUCCAUACCAGAUUGGGUCUCUGAGACUGAGGGACAUGUCUUCUUUACGGGCGCAACUGGAUUCCUCGGCGCCUUCUUGCUGUCGGAACUUAUCGCUCUACCACAGGUCAAGGACAUUGCGUGCUUAAUUCGGGCAAAUACGUCUGACAUGGGCAUAACCCGGAUCAAGCGAACCUUAUCGAAAUAUGGGCUUCCCAUUGAUCUUAGAUCCAAGGUUAUUGCGAUCCCUGGUGAUGUGACCAAGAAGAACCUUGGUUUACGACAAGAAACCUUCAAUCACCUGGCGCAGUGGUCGAGCGUGGUAUUUCAUUUUGUUGGCUAUGUCAAUUAUACCCUGCCAUAUGCCGUCCACAGGGACACCAAUGUUCUUGGGUUACUCGAACUGCUUCGCUUUGCCAACACGGGGCGACUGAAGCCGGUACAUUACUGUUCCAGUAUCUCCGCUUGCGGCAUCACCAAAGGCCUCGUUGGUCCCGUCCCAGAGGAUAUAAGACCUCUUCCGGAGUCUCAGAAUUUCUCACAGAGUAUUGGCUAUACGCAGAGCAAGUUCGUCGCUGAAAGUAUUGUCUGGGAUGCGAUUGAGAACGGAUUCCCUAUCGCCAUUUACAGGCCAUCAGUUGUAACUGGCGACAGCCGCACAGGUAUGUGUAAGAGGGAAGACAUGAUUAAUCGGCUCAUGACAAAUUCCAUUCGGCUCGGUUGUUAUCCGCGUCCACCACACCACCGGUUCCAUUUUGUCCCGGUAGACUUUGCUUGUUUAGCGAUAUCUCGAAUCUCGUUAAGUAGCACUAGCCUCGGUCAUGCUUUCAACAUCACUCAACCGGAUCAGGAGAAUACGGUGACAUUUGGGGAGGUCUUCGAUAUGCUAAGCAGUUAUUGUGCUUCUCCUCUUAAGUCUAUCUCUACUGCGGAGUGGAUUCAACAGUACACCAAGAAAGGAGAUUCACAAAUCAGAGUGUCUGCGCCAGUUUUGGCAGAGAGACUCUCUGGGCACAAAAUCUGGUGGGAUGAUUGGGACUACAUGGCCGCUUAUGGUACGGAGAACCUCCGUCGAGCGAUGGCCGAUAAUCCAGACAUUACUCAACUCCGGCCCAUACCUGAGCUACUCAAGGCUUACUACAACAACUGGUCGAGGGACGAUUAA